GUGUCUGACAGCUCCGGGAGUCUCAAACCCGCGCGCUUCAACACUCACCGCUCUCCGCGCAAAUGCGCUUUUACUCCCGCGUACCUUCGUUCCGCGCGCCUCAUGUCCCCCGGAACUCUCCAAGGAUCGACGCGGUGCUGAUGUGAGUCCGGUACUUUCAUUCACUCGGCACGUUUCUUCAGUCGACGAGUAUGCGUUCACGGUGGAGUUACAUCGCCUGGAUUUGCGUCUUCAGUCUCGGCGCGUUCAGGACUUUCUGCCUCCCCGGUAAUGAAGUGAACUUGCUGGACUCUCGCUCUGUCAUUGGUGACCUGGGGUGGGUCGCCUACCCGAAGAAUGGGUGGGAAGAAAUCGGAGAGGUGGAUGAGAACUAUGCGCCCAUCCACACGUACCAGGUGUGUAAGGUGAUGGAGCACAACCAGAACAACUGGUUGCAGACGGACCUCAUCUUAAACCAAGGGGCUCAGAGAGUGUUCGUGGAGCUCAAGUUCACUCUACGGGACUGCAACAGUCUCCCUGGAGGUCUGGGCACUUGCAAAGAGACUUUCAACGUCUACUAUUACGAAACCAACGACGAGGAGAGGAGAAAUAUUCGGGAAAGCCAAUACACGAAGAUCGACACCAUCGCGGCCGACGAGAGUUUCACAGAGCUUGAUCUCGGAGACAGAGUCUUGAAGUUGAACACGGAAGUUCGCGAUCUGGGUCCGUUGACCAAAAAAGGCUUCUACCUGGCUUUCCAAGACCUGGGCGCAUGUAUCGCGCUCGUGUCCGUCCGAGUCUUCUACAAAAAGUGUCCUUUUGUUGUCAGGAAUUUGGCCCUAUUUCCGGAUACUAUAACCGGGGCAGAUUCCUCCCAGCUUCUGGAGGUGUCAGGGACCUGUGUCAACAACUCGGAAGCUGAUGAACUUCCCAGAAUGCAUUGCAGUGCGGAGGGGGAGUGGCUGGUGCCCAUUGGGAGGUGCAUGUGCCAGGCGGGCCAUGAGGAAGUUAAUGGCUCCUGUCAAGUGUGCAAGCCAGGCUUUUACCGAUCAGCUCUUCAGACCAAAAGCUGCAGUAAAUGUCCUCCCAGAAGUUUCACCAAACUGGAGGCCUCCACCUCCUGUCAGUGUGAGCAGGGGUACUACCGGACUGAAUCGGACCCCACCAACAUGGCCUGCACAAAGCCACCUUCGGCCCCACGUAACGCUAUUUCCAACGUGAAUGAGACCAGUGUCUUCUUGGAGUGGAGUGCUCCGGAGGAGACAGGCGGUCGGAAGGAUGUUCGAUACAACAUCGUGUGCAGCAAGAUCAACACAGAUUCAGGCCAGUACGAGCCGUGUGGAAGUCAUGCACGAUAUCUGCCUCAGCGGACGGGUCUGAAGAACACCUCCAUCAUGGUCAUGGAUCUCCUGGCUCACACCAACUACACCUUUGAGGUGGAGGCUGUGAACGGGGUGUCGGAACUAACCACCCCUUUGAGGCAGUACGUCUCACUUAAUGUCACCACCAAUCAGGCCGCUCCGUCUCCUAUAACCGUGGUGAAAAAAGGCAAGACGGCGAAGAACAGCAUCGCGGUGUCCUGGCAGGAACCCGACCGACCCAACGGCAUCAUCCUGGAGUAUGAGAUCAAGUAUUUUGAGAAGGAUCAGGAAACCAGCUACACCAUCAUCAAGUCAAAGGAGACGGAUGUUUUGGUGGACGGCCUUAAACCGUCCUCAGUGUACAUCUUUCAAAUCAGAGCGCGCACCUCCGCGGGCUACGGAGGCUUCAGCCGUCGCUUUGAGUUUGAAACAAGCCCUUACUUAGCGGCCUCGAGUGAUCAGGGUCAGGUGCCCAUCAUCGCUGUCGCUGUUACUGUGGCCAUCAUCAUCAUCGCAUUGGUCACAGGUUUCCUGAUGAGUGGCAGACGUUGUGGCUACAGUAAAGCCAAGCAAGAUCCGGACGAGGAGAAGAUGCACUUCCACAAUGGACACAUCAAAUUCCCAGCGGUCCGCACGUAUAUCGAUCCUCACACCUACGAAGAUCCCAACCAGGCCGUCCACGAGUUUGCCAAGGAGAUUGAUGUGUCCUGUAUCACCAUCGAGCGGGUUAUUGGAGCCGGUGAGUUCGGUGAGGUGUGCAGCGGUUUGCUGCGGCUGCCAGGGAAGAGAGAGAUCCCAGUGGCCAUUAAAACUCUGAAAGCCGGUUACACCGAGAAGCAGAGGAGGGACUUCCUGGGCGAAGCCAGCAUCAUGGGCCAGUUCGAGCAUCCCAACAUCAUCCACCUCAAGGGGGUCGUCACCAAGAGUAAACCAGUGAUGAUAAUAACAGAAUAUAUGGAGAAUGGAUCCCUGGACACCUUUUUGAAGAAGAAUGACGGUCAGUUCACUGUCAUCCAGUUGGUCGGCAUGCUGCGUGGCAUUGCUUCUGGCAUGCGCUACCUCUCUGAGAUGGGCUAUGUGCACCGUGACCUGGCUGCCCGCAACAUACUGGUCAACAGCAACCUGGUGUGUAAGGUGUCCGACUUCGGCUUGUCCAGAGUGCUGGAGGACGACCCAGAGGCGGCCUACACAACCCGCGGAGGAAAGAUCCCCAUCAGGUGGACAGCUCCUGAGGCCAUUGCCUACAGGAAGUUCACCUCAGCCAGUGACGUGUGGAGCUACGGCAUCGUGAUGUGGGAAGUGAUGUCGUAUGGAGAGAGACCAUACUGGGAGAUGAGCAAUCAAGACGUGAUAAAGGCGGUGGAGGAGAACUACAGGCUGCCAGGCCCCAUGGACUGUCCGACCGCCCUCUAUCAUCUCAUGAUGGACUGCUGGCAGAAAGACAGGAACAGCAGGCCCAAAUUUGAGGAGAUUGUCAGCUUACUGGACAAACUCAUCCGCAAUCCCAGCAGCCUCAAGGGUCUAGUUAACCCAUCGAAAAGAGUGUCCAAUUUAUUAGUGGAGCAUGGGAGCCCUGAGGGCUGUGUAUUCAGAUCGGUGGAGGAAUGGUUAGAGGCCAUAAAAAUGGGUCGAUACACUGAGCUUUUCAUGGAAAGUGGAUACACUUCUCUGGAAGUCGUCACUCAAAUGACCUUGGAAGAUCUUCGGAGGGUUGGAGUCACUUUAGCCGGUCAUCAGAAAAAGAUUCUCAACAGCAUUCAGGAGAUGCGAGUCCAAAUGAUGAACGCCACUAUACCCAUCUGAGAGCGGCCUCAGAGGAACCUCCAGCAGUAGUCUAGCACUUUCUACAGACACUUAUUUAUUGAACGGAACUAUUUAAUGAAAAAAAAAUGACACUGAUGAAAACAAAAGUCAAGUAAAAUGGCUGGAUAGAUGGACAAACGGUCACUGUUUCGUUUGUGCAAAGCCUCCAAACUAAAGUGACAGGAGGAACGUGACUGAAAUGUUGAGUGGUUGUUUGGAAAAGUGUGGCACAUCUCCAGGUAGGACCACUGACUCGGGAUCAGGUGUCUCUGGGCUGAAUGUAUACCAUUUUUCCAUUUUUCAUGACCUCAUUCAACAAUAUUAUUACCUCCGGAAGAGACUGCAGUCGGUUUAAGCUUGGAAGGUUUUUUUUUUUCCACUCAGAAGUUCACCAGAGGCAACAUCAGACAAGAAGACUGAAGUCAUAUCCUGAGCUGAGGUAACGUAUGGCAGUGUUAAACAAAGCAAUAGUAGAUUUCAAGCUUGAUGUUGAUUUUACUUCUUUCUAAAUCGUUGCUUCCGUGUUUCAAUAAGAAGACAAAGCAAUGGACAGGAUCAUUUUCCUUUUGCACAAUAUCUGUGUCGCGAAGGCGGAAGAAAUGUAUUUGUUUUUUUUAAAAAUGUGACACGUUUCAAAACCACAAAUUAGUUUUCGUUCCACAGAAGUUUUGGUGUUUUAUGUGUAAAUAGUGUACAGUUGCGUAGUUGAAGUGGAGCUCAAAUGCAUCCAUCCAUGUUCAUGUGAGGUUGAUAUACUUUAGUGCACAGGUGGGCUAACAUACUAUGUAUAUUCAGUCCGGUCAAUAAAUGUUUAUAUUGCCUCUCAGUGCUUCUUUAGAUAGAAAAUGAACAAUUGUUUUACUUUUGAUGUGUGAUCUCUACUGUAUUUUGCUACCCAUAUUAUUGACUUGCUCAGUUUUCACAGCUAGGUGGAUAUUAAAGUCAACAUGAAAGCACAUGGACCCUAUUUUUCUUUCCUAAUAUUGGGUUUUAUUGUGCACAAAUUAUAAUUGUUUUCUGUCCAUAUGAAGCAACUUUCUUUUUCGGCUGAUAUUAGCUAGGCUGCAAAAAAUAUCCAUAUUAUAGGCAACAAAAGCAGAUAACAAUGCAUUCGGAUACAGUGAAAUAUGUGGCAUUAUUGAAGUAAAAUGGGUUGUGAAUAUAAUUUCAUGUUGGCUUUAAGUUGGUUCGGUGUGUCAGACAUUAGCAAAAUCAGUGAAAAUAAUUAAAAAUUCUAUCUGUCGAUUACUGUAGACAUUAAUUUCGACUCGUCCCUCAGUGUUCAGACAAGCACUAUACUGUGUAUAUUUACAGUAAAUAGACAGAUAGUCCAGGAAUAUAACAGGAGUAUGUAAACCUAAAAAUGAAAAUUUCUAGAAUAUUUACUCACCUUUAGGCCAUACAAUUUGCAGAUGAGCUUGUUUCGUCGUCAGAUUUGUAGAAAUUAAUAAUUACAACACUUGCUCACUAAUGGAUCCUCUGGAGUGAAUGGGUGCCAUCAGAAUGAGAGUCCAAACAGCUCAUAAAAAUAAAAAAUAAUAAAAAUCACAAUAUACAGUACACAGGUGAUUCACACAACUCCAGUCCAUCGGUUAACAUCUUUUAAGGCCAAAAGCUGCAUGUUUGUAAAAAAACGAAUCCAUCACUAAGACGGAUUAUUGCUUUUCUGCUGUAUCAGGAGAAAAAUCUGCACGGAUCAAGCACCGUUUACAAGUGAAAAUAAUCCAAAACAGCUCUAAACACAUAUGUUGGUGAAUUUUGAUGUGAGAGACAAAAAAAGAUGGACUUUUUCCACUAGAGGACGUGCUAUUAUGGAUUAUAGACUCAUAAUUUCAUUAGAAGUGACAGUUCAUAAGCCAUUAAUUAUUAUUGUGAUGUUUUUAGCAGCUGUUGGGACUCUGACGGCACCCAUUCACUGCAGAGGAGCCAUUGUUGAGCAAAUCUGUUGAAAAAACAAACUCAUUUUUAAUGGUGAAUUAUUCCUUUACAAGCUCUUAUUAUUGUAAAGAACACCUCUGUUUGGACAGCUCAUCAACAUAAUGACUCAUUUUAUAGAGCAUCAGCAAAAGGAUUGCACACAGUAGAUGACGAUAAUAGCAUGCUAAUGUUUUCAGUUGUCAGUGUCCUUUUCCAACUUCUCAAAUACCAGAUGUAAUAGUGUUUAUUGUCUUCUAAUCCCAUUGUCUUUCAUUUUACAUGUGCACUGAGGUACAAGUUGAAAUGGCUGUCUGUGGUAAUCAAAAACAUGCCACACAUGCAUUAUAGAGACUAUUUUAUAGGUUUAAAAAAAAAAAAAAAUGUUGAAUGUUAAGAAUCAUAGUCAGAAACGAAUCAUUCAAAACCAAAUUUCCGAAAUUAGGUCGUUUCUAUCCAUAUUUUAGGUCCAUGAUUAUUACAGGAUAUUAUUAUGCUAUUAAAACUACUGAAAGGCCGCAAGAUUGUAUUAAUAAGUGCUCAAGUAUGUCCCGUAUUUUAUUAAAACCUCAUAAAAAUUGCAUAAAAUUCCACUCUUUUUUUCCCUACAUUUUUAUAUCUUGAAAUUUGAUCUUAGCAAGAUAAUGCUCCUUAAUUAGUCGACUGAAAAGUACUCAGGUGCCUGUGAUUAUGUGAGUACAUUAAGAAAAUCUGAAGAUAUCAUUGAGGAGCUAGUUGAAGGUUCGUUUGAUCAGAAUUAAUAACAGUCAAAAAUCAUGUGUAUUGACAGAUAGUUACAAAUGUUCAAUUAACCCGAAUCAGCGUUGAUUUUUUCUUUAUUUUUCUUUUCUUUAAUGAAUAAUGAGUAUUUGAUAUUUGUUGCGAUGAAUGUUACUAUAAUAUACUAAGAACUUUUCAACGCUAUCUCAUGACCAAUUCGUACGUAUUUUACGAGGUGGCUUAUUGGUAUGAAUUUGUACGACCUCACUCGUACGAUUUUAUACGACCCCAGUGACGGAUAGGUUUAGGGGCGGGGUUAGGUGUAGGUCAUUCGUACAAAUUCAUACGAAUUUUGCAACUCGUAAAAUAUGUACGAUUUGGCAACAAUCGUAUGCAAUUGUACGAGUGUGGUCGUACGAAUUUGUACGAAUAAGCCACCUUGUGAAAAAUGAACGAAUUGCCGUGAGAUCGGUUUGGAACUUUUACACAAUGCAGUUACCCUUCAUUUUGUAUUUUGCACUGAAAUUCUCUUUGUAAAAAAAAAAUGGGCUUAAGUUUGAAUUUAUACAUGUGUUAUAACCCCAUUUUAUUUUCAAAAUAAUACUGUAGACUGAAAAACAUGAAUCUAACCAACCCACACACCAUGCUUUAACAUUGCAAAAUCCUUGAGCGUUUUCAGAUUUGUGGCUGUUGUUUAUUGUAGUGAUAUUUGCUCAUAACCACUGCCAGAAUGAAGAGCCAGAUUGAUUAUGUGUUACAAGCAUGUUUGCUCUAUAAUCAGAAUAUGUACAUCUGGAUGACUUUAUGUUAUAGUCCUAAACAUAAAAGAGUUAUGCCUUUCGUUUGACAUUUAUGAUUGUGGUUACACAAAAUACAUCUAUUUCGCACAUGUAAAUGUCAAAUGUAGCUACAAUUAAGAACCUUUCUGGUUAGAAACAGUGGUUUGUUAAACACAAUUUAUCCUUAUAUAGCAUACCACCCUGAAAACAUGAUGCUGAUUACAUUGAUUUUUGCACAAAACACUGAUAUUGAGUGAUUCAAAUUUUUUUUUUUUUAAAGUACAAAAUGAUAUGCAUGGUGUUGGUAAGCUGCGUAUUACAAAUGCAUUUUAUCAACAUAAUCGCUAUGUUUCUUGAAUCUUUUAUCAUAUUUGAUCUAAUGAAGAACAGGGAAAGAAAGAAAAGCAAAAAAAAAAAAAAAAAAGUAGUUUCUAUGUAAUGAUUGUUCGUCUAUUACCUUCUGCUGUGUGUUUUGUUGUGUAAAUGUCUUUUGUAGUGUAAUAUAUUACAUUUUAUAUUUUUUUGGAAUAAACUGGAGAGAAACCCAA